AUGAAACAUCCUGAGGACGUCGACGCCAGACUGACGAGGAAUCUGCACAAUAAAAAAGGUCAAGACCCGAAGAAAUAUGGCGAGCAAGUGAAACACGUGUCCUAUCCUGACAUGGGGAAGUUUAAGUAUCAAGUCCUUGUGGAUGGCACUGUUGCGCCUUAUCGAACAGCAUUGUUGAUGCAAAUGGACUCGGUGAUUCUUAAGCAAAAGUCGAUGAAUUACGAGUGGUGGUAUAGAUAUAUGAAGCCAUGGGUGCACUUCAUUCCAAUUAAAGAAGAUCUAUCCGACCUUCGAGAGAAAAUCGAAUGGGCGAGAAACAAUAACGAUAAACCUCGCCAAAUUGCUUUUAAUGCCAAUGCUCUUGCUGCUCAAUGGAUGAAUCCAGAAUUUAUGUACCGCUACUACGCAAAGACAAUAGAGCUUUACAGUGACAAAAGUACUUCAGUGAGAAACCCUGCGACUGCCAAAAACGAUCCAGAGACGAAUAUCCCUUUAAUAGCCUGGACUCCAGGCCCUGGAGCUCUUGUUCUUUCCGACAACGGUAUCUGCUGCAUUAACGAGUUUGACAAGAUGACUGAGUCUACUCGCUCCGUCCUCCACGAAGUAAUGGAAUUCUGCACUUUAUCCGUCGCCAAAGCAGGCAUCAUUUGUCGCCCCAACGCUCGUACAUCUGUCCUCGCCGCUGCCAAUCCCGUCGAAUCAGCUUGGAACGCAAACAAAACAAUCGUGGAAGACAUCCAAUUGCCGCACACGCUCAUGUCGCGUUUCGAUCUAAUCUUUUUGGUGCUCGAUCCAAAGGACGAAGCUUACGAUCGAAAACUCGCCGCAUAUUUGGUCUCACUGUAUCAUACCGACAGAAAAGAUGUGAUGAACGAUGAUCAACAACAUCUCGACCAAAAGUUGCUGAGAGACUACCUCGGUUACGCCCGAGCCAUGGUCAAACCAGUGCUUAAUGUAGAGGCAAAAACAGAGCUUGUCAAUUCUUACAUCAAAAUGCGACAAGUCGGAGCGAAUAGAAAAGCAAUUUGCGCUUACCCGCGUCAACUAGAAUCACUCAUUCGACUUUCCGAGGCCCAUGCGAAGGCUCGUCUUUCGGAUGUCGUCGACAAAAUGGACGUAGAAGAAGCUGUUCGGCUCUACCGAGAGGCACUGAAGCAGUCCAUCAUGGAUCCAAAAACUGGCGCAAUCGAUAUCUCCAUUUGACUCGAGCGGGGUGGAAUGGGUCAAGACGCUCGCCCUCGUCCUUCUAGUCGCUCAAAAUGCCUCCCUGGUGCUCGCAAUGCGCAAAGCACGAACAGACGAGGGAGACAAGUUCUUCAAUACCGCAGCAGUGUUCUUUUGCGAAAUCUUAAAAAUCGUCGCUUCUUCUUUGAUUUCCUCGUCGGCAGCCACAAGGGAAUCUUCUUUGGCUUCAACGGCAUCGCCCUGGCUGUGGUCUUCAACCAGGCUUUUGGGGGCCUGUUGAUCGCCGUCGUCAUCAAGUACGCGGACAACAUUUUCAAGGGCUUCGCAUCCAGCAUCGCCAUCAUCGUCUCCACCAUCCUUUCCGUCAUCUACUUCGGCUUCCAAAUACAGGCACGGUUCAAUACAGUUUCAUAA